AUGUCUCUGCCUGACAUUGUUCUGCGUAUGCAGCGACACUUGGAGGUACAGAUGCGGUUAGCCUUCACUUUCACCUCGUUCCCACCUUCACCUUCACUUCUGGCAACCAAUCGAUUCUCUGCCAACGCUUUGAUUCUCACCUUGAGUCAAUCACAUAAUCUCACAAGCCUUGCUUGGCCCUUCAAAAACCACAGUUUCGAAACAACAACGACAACCAUGACCCAACUCUCCCGUCGCAGUUCUCGCGCCCGCAGCAUUCUUUCCGAUGACGAGCACUCCACAACUCGUCCAACCACGCUGCCCUCCCGUCGAGGCGGUACCCGUGGCGUCCGCGCAACAUCAGUCACCUCAGAGGCCGUACCCACUACGACGCCCCAAACAACGCGCAUACCAGCACACUAUUUCCUCGCUCCUACGGUCCCAAACCCCUUCUCCGGCACUUUAGAAGCGAGUCUAGAUGCAACACUGCACUGGAGCCGCACACAUCCUGCCGCCAACGCCAUUGCGAACACACUUCUUGAACCAGUCUCCACAAGCACAAACUGGCCUGCCAUAUUGUCUGCCUCAUUCGGCAGCACAAGCACACUGGACUCAAAACUAGGCCGUUUCCUUCUCGAAGACUUCCUGUUCCUGGUCACUCGAACGUUGCUACCCGAGCAAAUCGCCGAAAAUAGAGCGGCAAUGGCAAGGCUAUACGACAAGAAGAAGCAACUCGCGAUCAGGUUGGUGUUGAGGUACGAUAUGCUACGGGAGUGGUGUGUAGGCGACGGACCGGUCGGGAGGAAGGAUGUCAGUGUUGCUUCUUUGCCGCCUACAACUAUUGCCGCUACGAGUAAGGAAGUCUCUGGUGAUUUCAUGGCGAGCGGUUCGGCGGGUGAAGAGGGCUUCGUGCGCAGACCGAUGAUGCCAAACAUCUGGGCCACCUUGAUCGCCGCUCCAGAAGGGGGGUUUACGACGCACGGCGUGAGGGAGAGGAUGAAGCACUACAUCACGCCGCUGGACGCGUAUCUGCUGUUGAGCGAUGAAGAGAUAAAGAGCUGGAGUGAUCAGAAGCUGGUGGUGAGAGCAAGUCAAAUUGUGUUGCAGUGGCAGUGGCUGAGGCAGAAAAAUGAGGCAUUGGACGAGAUGCAGUGCGGCGGGUGGGAGGAGUUGGAAGGCAAAGCAGACGGGUGUGAGUGGAUUGCUGAAAGAAGGGAGGUGACUGCAGGGAAAGGCGGAAAGGCUGGUGCUGAAGAGGGAUUUUGA